AUAAUAUGUGGAGGCAACACCCAUAACUACGUACAGGAAGCUCAACGACCCCGGUCUGCUUCGAUAACCAUUUCCUUGGGCGGCCGCUCUGCGAUCAUCAAGCUGCCGCUUCUAAGUGCAGCAGUGCGCUUCAAGACUCUGCGCUCUGUUGGAACGAACAUUUCGGCGUCCGACCUCACGGAUGAGCUCCCCGCGCUCAAUACGCUCCUCGAACUUCCUAGCAUGUCACUCCCGAGGAUGCGCUUCCUCAGCCUCGCCUGGUCGAAACGUCCGCCAACUCAUGUGCCAGGCCAUCGGAUUGCCCUACGCGAUCGUCAGGUAUAUGGGAUCAAAACACGAUACACUUGCCUACGGUUAUGCUUCCGCGCGGACGCAUGAUCACGAUUGCAUUCCCUCGGCACUUCCGAGCACCGCCUCAUCCGCUGCGAAGCCUGCUGGCCCGGACCAUCGCGCGCGCGAUGAAUGCGCCUUCGGAGUUUUGGGCGAGGGACAACUGCAGAGAUAUGGCGGUGCGGAAUCCUGGCGACAGCCGCCGAUCUGAGAUCUACAGACAAUCGCUCGGGAAUGCUCGGGAAGCGCGAAAGGUUCUUGGUGUUCGCUCCAUUUUGGAUGGCCGCCCUACGCUGGCCGAUAUGUCACCCUUAUCGUAAGUCAUACGCUGCUGAG